AUGCCGCGGGCGGCCGCGCUGCUCUGGCUGCUGCUGCCGGGGCUGGCGGCGCUGGAGCCGCUCAGCGUGGGCCUGGCCAUCGGCGUCGCCUCGGCCCUCACCGGCUACCUGUCCCACCCCAGCUUCUACUGCAGCUACGUGGAGUGCUGCCCCAGCGCCGGGCAACGCCUCAACGCCACCGCGCUGAAGGUGCAGCUGGACACCAAGCUCUUUGGGCAGCAUGUGGCCAAGGACGUGGUGCUGAAGGCGGUGAUGGGCUUCAGCAACAACCCCAGCCGCAAGAAGCCACUGACUCUUUCGCUCCACGGCUGGGCCGGCACCGGCAAGAACUUCCUCAGCCAGAUCCUGGCGGAGCACGUCCACCCCGCCGGCCUGCGCAGCAAGUUCGUCCAUCUCUUCCUGGCCACCCUGCACUUCCCCCACCACGACGAACUCAAGCUCUACAAGGAACAACUGCAGAACUGGAUUCGGGGCAACGUCAGUGCCUGUCCCCACUCUGUCUUCAUUUUUGAUGAGAUGGACAAAAUGCAUCCAGGUCUCAUUGAUGCCAUCAAGCCGUUCUUAGACUAUUACGAGCAGGUUGAUGGGGUGUCCUACAGAAAAGCCAUCUUCAUCUUCCUCAGCAAUGCAGGUGGUGACUUAAUUAAUAAAGCAGCUCUUGACUUCUGGACAAGUGGAAAGCGCAGGGAGGAGAUUCAGCUGAAAGACCUGGAGCCCAUGCUAUCUGUAGGAGUCUUCAAUAACAAGAAUAGUGGACUGUGGCACAGCAGCCUCAUCGACAAGAACCUCAUUGACUACUUUGUCCCCUUUCUGCCCCUGGAGCACAAGCACGUGAAGAUGUGUGUCAGGGCUGAAAUGAUAGCCCGUGGCUAUGCUGUCGAUGAGAAGGUUGUUCAAGCAGUGGCUGAUGAGAUGACGUUCUUCCCAAAAGAGCAGAAAAUCUACUCUGAUAAAGGCUGCAAGACUGUACAGGCCAAGCUGGAUAUUCAUGAAGACAUUGCGAUGGGAGAUACAAAAGCCAAGGGUUGAUUACCCUUCAGGUCUCCAGAGCACUUUCAAGCCUUUAGAAAUCUGUGUAUUUGCACUUAAGCUUUUUUACUGUUGCAGGGAGUAUGGUGAAAAUACAAGUGAGCUGUGUGGGCUUUUUAAUUUUUUUUUUUUUUAACUUAACAUCCCACUGUUCGUCUCUGAACUGGCUGGUAUCCAAGUGUUGCCCCCUUUCUUUUUACCUAUAGUGAAUUUCUGAGCAUGACACAUACAUAGCACUGGAUACAGCAUCUCCUGCUUUAUUCUUCCAAGUGCUGGGAUUAUUAAGUAUUUAAUUCCUCUUUCCUCAAAAACUAAACUAGAGCAAAGGAGUACAGAGGAGUUCUUCCAGGCAGUCAUAUUCCCUUCUUUGUACAUGGUCUCAUUCAUGGGCUAGUGAAAUUAAGGGAUGUGUGGUGUCUUCAGGACUACGAUAGUGUCUGCAAGGGUAAAUACGUUGCAGUAAGAAGAUGGUAUGGUGGAAAGCUUCUUGUCCUUCACAGCAGAUUGAUGCUGUUGUGGCUUCUACAGACAAGCAUCAGCUAUUCAGACACAGAAGGGCAUGAUUAUAAUUUAUGCCUGAGCUGUGGCAUCGUAUCACAUCAGCUACAGUAAUAUGGAAAGUCAUGACGAGCUCAGGGAAAUCUGUUACUAUGUAGUAGAGAAGGGGUGGGGAGGAAGUAACUGUUUGUCCCUGUGCUGCUUUGGGGAAAAAGAAAUUGUAAAAGCAGCUUUAUAUUCUAAGGGGGCCAAGUGAGUUUGUGUGGUAACCCCAGGGUGUUUGUCUUCCUCAGCGGAGGGACCCAUCUGAGGGAUCUGACUGUUAAAACAUACUAGACCAGUCUACUGUUCUUUAAUCAGAAAAAUCUCUCAUGAGGAUUUGACUGUUACAGCUUGUCCGGUUAGUCUGUCUGAAGUCUGCAAGACCUUUAGUAGUCCCUCCCAGCUGCACCAAUAGUGUAGGAAUGAGUGGGUAAUACUACUCUUACCUUGCUUGGAAGACACUUUCGUGGCAGAAGUUAUUUUUAAUAGUGUAUUUUUAUACUGAAGUGUAAGCAACAGCAAUACAAAGCUCUUUCCUAGACAGCUACCGAGAAGGGAGUAUGGGAAACGGGAGCCAUCAACAACAAUCCCAUACCUCACUAGGUAAGUAUGGUUUAGAGUAGCUUUUAACAUUAAAGAAUGUUUGUGUGGAAGGGCGAGCGAUGAGUUAGUAAGCUGGGAAAGUUUGAUUUAACCUUCACCCACUUGGUAAGGCUGGGGUUUAAAACUCUGUUGCAAGCUUUAACUACUUCAUCAUCUAUCACUUGUGGAUCAAAUAUUGUAGUGCAAGACGGAAGUGCCUAUCACUUGGUUGAUUGUAGUGUGUUUUUUAAACUGGUAUGAGGGAUUGGGCUAUUUUUGUGCUGGAGCAUCUACUCCCUCACUUGUACUUAAACUUGCUUUAAGAUGCGAUGCAAAACUUACAGGUCUCAAGACUAUUACGUUAAUUCAAAUUACAACAGAGAGCUUAGCAUUUAUGUUAAGCUCUAAACUAAAAGUGUCAAUUGCCUUUUACAACCCCACAUGGAAUUUGUCAAAUGUUGGCAAAUUGUUCACACUGAUGCAACCUCCAGAGCCAAAUGCUAGCUAGCCAUUAACCUUGGGACAUUGGACUGUUGCUUUUCAUGUAUAAUGUUUUGCCUAUUAACUGACGUUCAUAGGUGUAAGUAAGUGCUGCAUCCAGUUUCAGGUACUCCAAAUACAAAAUACUUGCGCAAUUUCAAAACACUAAAUAUUACUACUGUACUGCAGUUGGAAUAAAUCUUAAGUGAC